AUGACAACGUCAAUAUUGAAUAGAAAUGGGUAUCGUUUGUUUCCUAGAUUUGAAUCCUCAUCGUUUAUUCAUCGUUCUCACUCACGAACACUGCAAACAAUACCAAAAUGUCAUCGUCUAGAAUCACGAAUUAUUUCACAAUCAUCUAAUUAUUAUGCAUCGUGUCCUCGUGAAUCUUUUCCUUCAUUGAUUAUUCAACAAAAACAACAUCAAAUUCAUUAUCCUUAUCAAUUCAAACCAUAUGAUAAUACUAGUGAAUAUUGUGAUUUAUUUAAUCUUUUAGAAUCUGAUGUAGAAUUAAAAUUAUUAACAAAUACAACAUCAAUACCAUCUGAUUAUUGGCAAUAUCAUCAGCCUCUAUCAAGACGAAUAAAACGUCAUACAAAACAACAGCAACAUCAAUCUCAAUAUGGAAAUACGGCAAGAAAACAUUCACAUAAUUAUAAACAGCGUAAUAUUGGUAAUCGUCGACGAUCAGUUGAUUUUGAAUAUGCUCAUGCACGUUUAAAUCGAGAUAAAUUUGUUCAUGAAAAUCAUCGAGUUUUAUUAGCUGAAUGUUGUACGAGUAAUGGUGCCAUUGGAAUUGAACAUCGAGCAUUAUUACCAAACAAAAAGAGUAGAGUAAAAAUUGCUGUUAGUGAUGAAAGAAAAAUAAAAAAUCAAAUAAGACAAAGUAGUUUUUGGCGUUUGGCAUUGAAUUAUUUUUGCAUUCCAGUUGGUGGACGAUAG